AUGGGCGACUGGGGGUUCCUGUCGACCUUGCUGGAGAAGGUCCAGUCCCACUCCACCGUGAUCGGGAAGAUCUGGAUGAGCGUGCUCUUCCUCUUCAGGAUCAUGGUCCUGGGCGCCGGCGCCGAGAGCGUCUGGGGCGACGAGCAGUCGGACUUCAUCUGCAACACCCAGCAGCCCGGUUGCGAGAACGUGUGCUACGACUGGACCUUCCCCAUCUCGCACAUCCGCUUCUGGGUGCUGCAGAUCCUCUUCGUGUCCACGCCGACGCUCAUCUACCUGGGGCACGCCAUGCAGGUCAUCCACAAGGAGGACAAGCUGCGGGAGAUACUGAAGAGCCCCGGCGGCACGCUCGUCAAGGUGCCCAAGUACUCCGACGAGAAGGGCAACGUGAAGAUCAAGGGCAACCUGCUGGGGAGCUACCUCACCCAGCUGGUGGCCAAGAUCAUCAUCGAGGCGGGCUUCAUCGUGGGCCAGUACUACCUGUACGGCUUCGUCAUGGUGCCCAUGUUCCCCUGCUCCCGGAAGCCCUGCCCCUUCACCGUGGAGUGCUACAUGUCCCGCCCCACCGAGAAGACCAUCUUCAUCAUCUUCAUGCUGGCGGUGGCCUGCCUCUCGCUGCUGCUCAACGUGGUGGAGCUCUUCUACCUGCUCUGCACCCGGGUGCGCUGCGGGAGGAGCAGCUCCCACGGGAUGAUCUCGGCGGAGCACCCGGCCAUGCUGUCCGGCCCCCGCUGGCCCACGGCGGACGACGCCCUCCGGCAGAACCAGAGGAACGUGGAGCUGGAGAGCCGCAGCAUGGGCGGCAGCCUGGACGGCGCCAAGGACGAGAAGAGGCUGCUGGGCGGACACUGA